AUGUCUUUAUGUCAGAAUGUCAAUGAGAAGCACGCCCGACUAUACCGGCUGGUCAAUAUACAUCAGCUUAAGGCGCACCUAUACUUGCCCUUUUUCUUGCUCUCGUCGGGUAGUAGAGGGCAGAGGCAUGGUCGAGACUGUUACGUGAAGAGCGCGCGGGCGCUCCUAGAAGCGUACCUAUAUUUCUACGAGAGCGACCCCGCCACGGCCCGAAUAAGCAAUAGCGUGAAGCUCUCUGGGUUCUCAGCACUUACUGCUGCUGUUAUCGUUUUCCUCCGUUUGCUCGGAAGAGACACUGCACGGGAGAAAAUUUUGAAACGGAAUCCGACCUGGUAUGGUCAGUCUCUCAUCCAUCGGACUAUAUCUGCGCUCAAUGACCGCUCAGAAGGUCAACCCGGUUCACUGCCUGGUCAGUGUCACACCGCGCUGAACGAGCUGGUGCGAAUCAGUCAAUCGUUAGAAAGAGGGAUUAGCCGACAGAUUGUCAUGCCAUAUUUUGGUAUCGUGACAAUUGACCGUAAAUGCGACAAUGGCCUUCAGGCCCCGGAUAGUCUUUGGCAAGAAAGACUGACCGAGUCGACUACGGAGCUAUUACACAAGUGA